AUGCAGGAGGGCGUGGGUUUGAAACCUGGCAAAUACCAAUGUGACUUUUCCGAGUUAUAUGAGAAGGAGAAGGAGAAGGAGAAGGAGAAGGAGAAGGAGAAGGAGAAGGAGAAGGAGAAGGAGAAGGAGAAGGAGAAGGAGAAGGAGAAGGAGAAGGAGAAGGAGAAGGAGAAGGAGAAGGAGAAGGAGAAGGAGAAGGAGAAGGAGAAGGAGAAGGAGAAGGAGAAGGAGAAGGAGAAGGAGAAGGAGAAGGAGAAGGAGAAGGAGAAGGAGAAGGAGAAGGAGAAGGAGAAGGAGAAGGAGAAGGAGAAGGAGAAGGAGAAGGAGAAGGAGAAGGAGAAGGAGAAGGAGAACCUGUGGUUGUUUCACGCUGGUUUUCUGUGA